CGUUGGAGCAGACAGGAUGCUGUGUAACUUGUAUGGGCCGAGAUCAUACCGGGUAAAUCAAUUAGUCAUGCUUCUUGGUCCAGAGAACUUUGAAUAGUUACAUUUUUAUUCGUAUAGUUGGAUUAUUUUUAAUCAAAACUCUACCACUCAUUGACAGAAUCCUACACAAUCCAUUGCUUUUUUCUUUCGAUAUUUGGACACUUAACGCUGGAAUUCCAAACUUAUUGGCCUAAGAGAACCAUUGUUUUGUAAGUAUGGCAGUGUUUAAAUGGACUUUUCCUUUGAUUUUACUGUGGACAUUAAUGGCAAAAUCUCAGAACCUUAUUAAAGAUACAAAUAAACAGAAAUUAGAAGAUCGACUGAUGAUCUAUGAGGUUAACUCGGACAACCCUGGUUAUGAUCAUUAUGAGUUUCUAGAGCUGUAUCAUACAAGUGGGCAAAAUGUUUCUCUUGAUGGUUACACCUUGGUAUUCUAUAAUGGCAGAACUAACACAGCCUACAAAGUAAUACAUUUGAAAGGUCGCUACACAGAUAAAAAGGGAUUUUUCUUGAUUGGUUCUGUGGGUAUACGUCCUGCACCUGACAUUAUUCUACCAAUUAAUACCAUCCAGAACGGGCCUGAUGCCAUAGCAAUUUAUAACGGAAAGGGACCAUACAAAGAAAACAUGCGUGUGACUAAUGAGGGAUUAGUGGAUGCUUUGGUGCAUAAAUCUAAAAGCACAGAUCAAGCUGAUGUUCUACAGGCUGUCCUCACUCCUGGGGUUGAUGCCUUCUUAGAGAAUUCUACGUUUCACAUUUUGGAUGAAUCUAUAGGAAGAUGCUUGGGAAUUGAUGGUAUAUGGAUAUUUCAGAUGACUCAUCUGUCUCCAGGCAGUGAAAACUUCUGCCAAGGGUUCCCAGAUGUUGUGAUAAAUGAGAUAUCAUCACCAUUUUCUAAGGAUUUCUAUAUUGAAUUCAAAGGACCCCCAUUGAUGAUGUUAUCUGGCUUAAUUCUUGUAUUUAUUCGUGGGGAUGACCAGGAGGUCUAUUACUUCAUGGACAUAAAAGGCCAAACCAACAGCAAUGGCAUCUAUUUGCUUGAAAAAGAAAAUCCUGAUAAUCAUGCUAAUCAGACUCUACCAGACUCUGCUCUCUUGCCCACAAAAAGUGGCGGUGCUGUGGCCGUGUAUUUAGAGAACAGAAGCAAAAUUGAUUUGAAGAGUCGAUUUCCUACGAGUGGAUUGGUUGAUGCUAUAGUCUAUGGUGAUAAUGAAAGUAUGGUUUAUCUGCAGGAUUUAACUAUGGGCCGUCCCAUCAUAGACUGGCAUGGUGGGAAUUUAAGCAGUUCUGUUAGUCGCUGCAGCGGUGGGGCAGGUAAUCCUGUACUCUUCCUGUUUACAAACAGCACUCCUGGUGCGCCGAAUGACUGUCCCUCAGAGAGCGGCAUCCGUCAAGUAACCAUGUGCUUCAGAAUAUUAGAUUGCAGUCAUUGGCAAGGAGAACCGUUACUAUCCAAGGUGCUGACUGUGCUUGUUAAAUCUCUCCAAGAUUUAUGCAGAUGUAAUGUGCCAGCCAACUUCUUGACAGAUGUCACCCUUUCCUGCCAGUCUAACAUUCUGACUCUUCAUGCCAAACAAAAUGACCCAUCACCUCUUCAAAAGGACGAUUCUGCAGAUGCCCAACAAAAGUUUGUGUCCUCUGGCAAAACGAUUAAUGUGGAUGGCAGGAAAGCAACUGUGAUGCCAACAUGCCAGCAGAAUACAGAUAGCUCAACGCUGCCUCCAGAUAAUGCUGUUGUUGCCUCAUCCACCGCCUCUGCUUCUGGAACUCAUAUCCUGCUAAUCAAUGAGUUAAACCCAAAUACUCCGGGCUCAGGUGAAGACACAGAGUAUGUUGAGCUUUAUUAUACUGGAAAUGGUUCUACCAGCCUUGAUGGCUAUUGGUUGGUUUUCUACAAUGGAAAGAACAAUCUUGCUUACUUCACUCUUGAUCUGAAAGGUCAUAGUACGGACCAGAAUGGUCGGUUCCUCGUGGGAAGUCCUGGGUUGACCCCAAAACCUCAUAUUGUAAUUCCUGUCAACACCAUACAGAAUGGAGUAGAUGCUGUAGCUUUGUACUUUCGUCCAGGAAAGGGCUAUAAAAAGAAUUCAGAACUGACAUCAGAUGGUUUGGUUGAUGCUCUGGUCUAUGUGUCACAGAUGGAUGAUAAUGCAAAGGGACUGCUGAAGGUCCUUGCCCCAGGGCAGGAAGCGGUACAUGAAGACCAGAAUUUCCUCUUGGAAGAUGAAUCUCUGAGUCGUUGCCAUGGGCUUAUUCCAUUUGAGCAUUCCAGCUACCAGGUCACCAAGAUUACUCCUUUGGCAGAUAAUGAUUGCCUCACUGCUGUCCCCUCUGUCCCUUCAUCUGUCAAUCCUAAACAGCCUGUUACCCCUAGCAGACCCCUGUCCCUGAUUAUUAAUGAGAUGGUACUCUCCAGUGAAUCUGAGCCAUACAACUUCAUUGAACUACAAGGACCCCCGGGAAGUAGACUGGAUGGAUACACUUUGGUCAUGUAUGGAUACGAUGGGAAGGUAUACGCUCGAAUGGAUUUGCAAGGCACUGUGGGAGUGAAUGGCUAUUUCUUGAUCAGCCCUAAUGAACCAUAUGAUCAGAGGUUACCUAUGUUCUAUAGUACCUCCAGUCAUGGUCCAGAGGCCUUAGCAUUGUAUAAAGGGAGUCGAGAAAAUUUCCCACUUGGAUCUAAUGUGAAUCGAAAGGAAGAUCUUAUAGAUGCAGUUGUGUAUACGUGGAAUUCUGAAACAGAGACCAAGGUUCUGAAGGAAUUGGAAAGAGACAGCAUUAUAUUAAAUAAGGAGCAAAUUCCUGUGUCUUUAAGCCGCUGCCCCCAGUCCACUCUACCGCUGCUUCCGGUCAUGAAUCCAAGUCCAGGAUCUGCAAACCUCUGUCCCUCCAGUGUCACAUCAAUACACGUUUGCCUCAAGGACCCCAGCUCAAAUUGCUCUAAAUGGGAUCAAAACAUAUUAAAUAGCAUGAAGGCCUCUAUCAGUGAAUCAAUUGAAGAACAUUGUUCUUGUUUUUUACCUCCCUCUUAUAUACAAGCCCUAGAACUCACAUGUACAGAGAUGGGUCAGUCUAUCUCAGCCAAUGUCGUAAGUUUCCAUGAAGAUUUGCAUCACAUUGAGACUUGGCACCGAGACGUCCUCAGCCACCCGGUAUCCCCAAAAGACACAUUUCUUGGAUCUAUAAUAAAUUGCUCAGAUACAGCACAGAGAUUCCUUUCGACAUGGAAGGUUGUGCUUCUAGUACUGUUGAUCCUAUUGUUGAUAUGUGGAGCAAUGGGCUUUAUAGUUUACCUACGCAAGAGACGCCCUCAGAAUUACACCACCAUAGAAAUGAACCAACAUCAAGAGCUGACAAUGGACUUUUAACAGUGAAGUUGAAGGAAGAGCUGAGAACUGCAGAGCGUGGCUCUCACUUACUGUCUCUGUAUGGAGAAAAAAAAUCCAACGUCAUGCAGAUUAAUUCUUGUAAUGCUACAGUAUUAGGUGCAUGGUGCUGAUUAAGAUUUAAAAACCUGUGUCCUUGUUAAUGCUGUGAAACCAUUCUCAAUUUACAAUUGUAUUACAAAAACUUUCUUUAUAUGGUUUGCUGGAAUUUGAGAACAAAAGUUCUGUAAUCCUUUAUCGAAAUACUGCAAAUUAAAGAUUGAAAUUCAUGACCAGGUAACAAAAAAAAGGGGCUUUAAGGGUUUUUAGUAUAGCCCCAAGGGUUAAAACUCUACGUUGGCAAAUUUAGAGCCUCCUUAUACUCUAAUAGCAACAUGAUAAUGAGCUAUUUGCAUUGUGUUUGUGUGUAUCAUGAUAUUACGUAUAAACAAUUGAUCUAA